AUGGACGUCGACCCCUCAGCCGGGCCGCCUUCCCAAGCGGUGGCUGUGCAGCCUGUCCUGCAGCCGCUUUCCUUGGGCACCCCCAAGGAGUCUGACACUGCAGCGCCUUGUCCGGCGCCCACUCAGCAGCCUUCGACGCAGCGUCAAGAGACGCUGCCUCUCUUCGUGGGUCCCGACGCCCUGUCGCGUCCAGAACCAGAACCUGCGCCCGUGGUCACAGGCGUGCACCCUGACCUCGGUUUUCAGUCGGUGUUUCCCGAGGCCCCGCGCAGCCAAUGCUGGGGUGCGGACUGGGGACUGCCCCCGACAACAGUCUCCGCCCCGAGAUCAGAAGCUCCACCGUACAAUCCGUGUCCGUCAUCGGACGACGUGGCAGCGGCGGAGCGCGCAGCAAUUGGCAGUCCUGGCUCGGCGUGUGGCAGCCCUGCUGGAGCAGUGGCGCCACUCGACGCCGCCAUUGUUCCGCGCCGCUAUCGACGCCGACUCAUUACGCGCGCCGAGACACGCGCCGCCGCGCUCAAAACCGGCCCACGCUGCAAAGUGUGA